ACGAGGGAGGUGGAACGCGAAACUCGCUUCAAGAUGGCCGCUCCUCGUGUCGCGUGCGUAUCAUGAAGAGACAUUACGUCGCCACGUAGUCCGUUUGGCACGUUCGCGUGAUUUCUGCAAGAUUGAGAAUCGUCGUGAGCGUAACGGUGAAUUUAAUACUCUCUCUGCCAUCAACGUCGUAUCAACCUCGGAUAAUCGCGCGCAAACCUCGGAGCUUGCUCGUUCACUGGAGGGUCGAGAAAAGCGCGAAGCGUUUGUGCUCGAAUUUACGGCGUCAGCAAGACAUCGGUGACGGUUCAACGUGACUGAGGUCUCUCCUGGUAGUCUCAACGUUUCCCUCGAGGCAUAAGGUUACAGGCCACUCCUGAGCGUGCUCUUUUGUGGUUAUGUGGUGAAGCCUUUCAGCAUCGGUGAAUCACCAGGUUACUGCGACACUACGGUGACAUUUCGCAGAACAAGCAUGAGCAGAGGCAACGAGAACAAUUUAUCGCUGGUGACUCCGCCGGCAAUCCGCGUCGGACCCAUCGUCACGCCCGGAACUAACGAGACAAUCUCUAUCGUGAUACCGUUAUCGGCACAACUGACCACAAUGGCUGGUCAAAAGAUCAACAAAAAUCCCAAAGAUUGCAGCAAGGAUCCAAAACAAACAACCGCCGCCGCUAAUACCACUCGAAGUCCGAGAAACGAUAGAACAAAGGGCUGUCCCUAUCCUACAUGCUCGCGAUAUGGGCGAGCGUUCUCAAGAGCGCACGAUCUGAAACGGCACAUUAUCCGACAUGCAAUGCGCAAAGAAAAGCUACAGCAGACGGAUGAGCACAAAAUUGACGUGGAAAACAUUACAAACGACGCUACCCUUCGAAGUGCUCUUUUACGCGGUAUAGACGACAAGAGCGGCUAUCCCUGCCCACGUUGCAAGAGGAGAUACAACGACGAAGAUAAACUCAGGGCACAUUUGGCCUCGCACUAUAAGCCAUCACCGAGAAAUGGCCAUAUAAAAUUUGAGGAUCAAGCUAAAGCCCUGCUACAGGGUCAAAUGUCCAUGGACAAGUCCGCGAUGCCGAAGGACCACCCCACUGAUGCAGAUGAUUUUUUGUUGGAAGAGAUGCUGUUACUGAAGAAGGAACCUCGAAGAUCAGAUAAAGGUGACUCGAAGAUCAGAUGCGAUUACUGCUCGAAGACCUUCAAGACCAAAUGGACUCUCAGCUCGCACGUGGCCGCUCACGAAGGUCGUUUCCAGUUUGAUUGCGGCCAAUGUGGCAAAAAGUUUGUUAGGAAGAGUCAUUUUGAGGGUCACGUGCGCUCUCACGAGGCAGCGAGACCCUAUGUCUGCGAGCAGUGCGGCAAGACAUUCAAAGAACUCAAGCAUCGUCGUGAGCACACUAAGAGGAAGCACUCGAAUAAUCAGAACGCGAUACAAAGCUUGUUGGAUAGCAUUGGACCUUGCGGGACCGAUGAAGCGAACAUCGAUCAAGCCAAGUUUACCUUGCUAAUGCCGGUGAACUUCAGCGCAUAAAGCAUAAAAAAAGAACAGGCCUUCGUCUCUUUCAGAGCUUGCUUGGAAUCUUUCAACUUCGAAUUCUCAAGGAAUAUUUGAUCCUUUGAAAAUCCUUUAUCUGUGAAACUCCAAAUUUUUGGAACAUUGCAUCUUUUUAUAACUUUAAGUCUUUGAAAAAAUUUAAUUUCUUAGAUCUUUGUGGAAUGUUUGGAAAAUCGGAUCUUCGAAACCUCAAAUUUUUAGGGUGUCGAAUUCUUGAUUUUGAUUGUUUGGAAUUUAAGAUCCUCGAGAUUGUGUGUUUGCUAAGACUUUGUGUAUUCAAAACUUUCAGUUUUAUAAACGGAUUCUCGGAGCUUCAGAAUCUUAAAUUUCUGAGACUUUAAUAGCCUGGAAUUUUGGAUCUUGGAACUCGAAUCUUUAGAUGUUUAUAAUUUUGCUGAUCUUAUGCAACCAAAAAGUGAUAACUUGCCGAUAACGAUGACAAAUCUCCAAAUUCGAUCAUGAAAUAUUCAAUAUACUUUAAUAAGGAUAAGUGAAGCUAGUUAUUGUGUUGACUAUAUUUGAUCUGCUAUUCUAUACUUCGCGAGAAAUGUCGAAAAAAAUAAAUCUUGGAUAAGUAAUGCUAUUAUUUUGUGUUUGCGUAAUUUGCAAAUAACAUGAGGUAUUCCAUAAAAAGAAGUC